AUGGCGGAUCAAGGCGGACCCCAAUACUCGGCUGCUUACCUUGCAGAGGAUAGACGCCCUGCCCUGCUGAGCGUGGCGAUCACCUUUCUUGUACUGAGUACAUCUGCAGUCAUCUUACGCUUCGUCUCUCGUCGUAUCGGGCGUGUUGGCUGGCAUCAUGAGGAUAUCUUCAUCAUCUUGGGCUGGAUAUUCUAUGUGGCGUUGAUAUCCGUGGGAAUCGGAGACAUGCGGUAUGGCGGCGUAGGCCUGCAUCAAGCACGCGUCAUGGCCAUCGAUCCGGUCAUGAUGCAGACCUGGGCCAAGUUCCUCCUCGCCAUCGCGUUCAUCUACAUCUUCGCUGUGAUCCUUCCCAAACUCGCCGUGCUGAGCCUGUACAUCUCCAUAUUCAACAGGCAUCGCGUCUCCCGCAUUACCUGCUAUGCCACCGGCGUCCUGAUGAUAGGCAACUGCAUCGGCUGUGCGGCGGCGGGCUUCGCGGUCUGCACGCCUCUCCGGCGACUGUGGGACAUGAGCGUUGACGGGCACUGUUUCAACAUCAAUGCGUGGUUCCGAUACUCGCGGAUCGUGAAUCUCGUCUCGGAUGUGGUGAUGCUCAUCCUGCCGAUCCCGCAUGUGAUCCGGUUGCAGUCAACAAUGCGGUUGAAGGUUGGCUUGUUGAUUACGUUUUUGCUGGGCAGUGUGGGCCUCAUCGCCGGCCUUAUUGCCUUCUUUACGUUCAGCACUACCAAUGCCGUGUCGGACAACACCUGGAGCGCGGCAUUGCUGAUCAUCUGGACCCUCGUCGAGGUGGGGAUGUAUCUCAUUGCGUCGUGCUUGAUCGCGUAUCAGCCGCUUGCUAAGUUUAUUUGGAGAAAUACUUGGCGUCGAUGGCGAGGGCAGAAGAACAGUUCUCUGGACCAAGAGCAUAGCCAUGUGUGGGUUCGGACGAAUGGUACUCUGCCCAGUCAGAGUCAUACUACCAGGGGGAAGGCUGAUGAUGAGUACUUGGAGCUGGUGUCAAGGGAGCGCAGUGAUCGGGGGUCAUCGAUAUCCGGGGGGAUUAUGGUUGAGCGCCAGCUUCUUGUUUUCCAACUAUCCUUUCUCAUCAUCACCAUGGCUGCCCCCGCUCAGAAGUUCAAGGUCGCCGACAUCUCUCUGGCUGCCUUUGGCCGCCGCGAGAUUGAGCUCGCCGAGAUUGAAAUGCCUGGUCUCAUGGCCAUCCGCCGCAGAUACGCCGAGGACCAGCCCCUGAAGGGUGCCCGUAUUGCCGGUUGCCUUCACAUGACCAUCCAGACCGCUGUUCUCAUCGAGACCCUCACCGCCCUUGGUGCUGAGGUCACCUGGACCAGCUGCAACAUCUUCUCCACUCAGGACCACGCUGCCGCCGCCAUUGCUGCCUCCGGCGUUCCUGUCUUCGCCUGGAAGGGUGAGACCGAGGAGGAGUACCAGUGGUGCUUGGAGCAGCAGCUCAACGCUUUCAAGGAUGGCCAGAAGCUCAACCUCAUCCUCGACGAUGGUGGUGACCUGACCGCUCUCGUCCACAGCAAGUACCCUGAGAUGCUCAAGGGCUGCUACGGUGUCUCCGAGGAGACCACCACCGGUGUUCACCACCUCUACAGAAUGCUCAAGGAGAACAAGCUCCUUGUUCCCGCGAUCAACGUCAACGACUCCGUCACCAAGUCCAAGUUCGACAACCUGUACGGUUGCCGUGAGUCCCUCAUCGAUGGUAUCAAGCGUGCCACCGAUGUCAUGAUUGCCGGCAAGGUCGCCGUUGUUGCCGGUUACGGUGAUGUUGGCAAGGGCUGUGCCGAUGCUCUCCGCAGCAUGGGUGCCCGUGUCCUCGUCACCGAGGUUGACCCCAUCAACGCCCUCCAGGCCGCCGUCCAGGGCUACCAGGUCACCACCAUGGAGGAGGCUGCUCCCCAGGGUCAGAUCUUCGUUACCACCACCGGUUGCCGUGACAUUCUCGUUGGCAAGCACUUUGAGGUUAUGCGCAACGACGCCAUUGUUUGCAACAUUGGUCACUUUGACAUUGAGAUUGACGUUGCCUGGCUCAAAGCCAACGCCAAGUCCGUCCAGAACAUCAAGCCCCAGGUUGACCGCUACCUGAUGCCCAACGGCAACCACAUCAUCCUCCUUGCCGAGGGUCGUCUGGUCAACCUCGGCUGUGCCACCGGCCACUCUUCCUUUGUCAUGUCCUGCUCCUUCUCCAACCAGGUCCUUGCCCAGAUUGCUCUGUACAAGGCCGAGGACGAGGCGUUUGGCAAGAAGUACAUCGAGUUCGGCACCACCGGCAAGAAGCCCGUUGGUGUCUACGUUCUUCCCAAGAUCCUGGACGAGCAGGUUGCUCUGCUCCACCUGGAGCACGUCAACGCCAAGCUGUCCAAGCUCACCCCCGUUCAGGCCGAGUACCUGGGUCUGGAUAUUGCCGGUCCUUUCAAGAGCGAGAUCUACCGCUACUAA